AUGAAACGCACAGUCGGAUUGGCCUUGUUCAAGGAUUUUCUCAGCACGGAAUUCAGUGAUGAAAACAUUGAAUUCUGGAUUGCGUGUCAGGAGUACAAACAGAUCACCAAUCCGAAAAAGCUUGCAGCACGGGCACAACGCAUUUUUGCCGAAUUCAUCGCGGUACAGGCUAACCGGGAGGUUAACCUUGAUUCGAAAACACGACUUCAGACUGAAGCUGAUUUGGCAAAUCCAACCAUACACACAAUGGAUAAUGCGCAAAAGCGAAUACAAGCAUUAAUGGAAAAAGACUCCUAUCGUCGUUUUCUGCGAUCUGAAGUAUAUAUGACACUAUACACCGAGGCGAGAGAGGUUGCAAAGGCGGCAGCCGCGAGUGCCCUGGCAGCCAGUCUUCAGGAAGCCAGUAACGAACUGGAUGGGGCUGUGCUGCAUCUGGUCAACACCGCGUCGUCCACAUCUCCCUUCUCAUUUCUGAGUAAUCUGAGCUCAGGUUUUUCCAGUUCCCCCGGUCCUGGACUGCAUUUACCCGGUGUAGCUGCCGCGGCUGCCAGUGCUGAAGCUGGGAUGAACAGUGUACAAGAUUUACAACUACUUGGUUUAUCCACAUCCAGACACAUGCGAUGUAUGCAGGCGAAUGCUGCUGCUGCCGCCGCCGCUACUGGCGGACGAACUCCGGCAAAACUGAAACCCGACGCAGCUGGACCGCCCGUCAAAGUUGGGAGCCCUACUGCUACUACUGGACAGACAGAUCCCGUGAAAGAAACCAAGUGA